UGUGUGAUAGUUGUACAGUUUAAAAUUUACCGGUGUAGCAAAGUCACUUAGCGUCCAUUUUUCUUAUACGAACUGAUUGUAUUAUUUUACUGAUUCGAUCUAAUUCCACCCUAUGAAAGCGGUACCGAUUAGGCCGUGACAAUGAUUUUCACCGAACACAAGGCGAAGAUCCUGGCGAUGACGGCGGCUCACACGGACGAGCUGCACGCGAUGUGGUCGCGCAUGUUCGAGCCGCAGACCUGUGAAGAUUGCCUUGUCCGCUUGAUGGACCACUCGAACAACUUCUACACAGAUCUCCUUAAAGAGUCGCGCGAGAAGGAGCAGGGCAUAAUAAGCGAAAUAGCGUCGCUGCGGACGGAAGCCAUCGACCUGACACGGCUGCUCCACGAGUCGGUGGACAUGGAUGCGCUCAUCCAGCCCGACGACAUGCCGCUGGUCAUCUGGCAGCUGAAGCUGGACAAAAGCGUCGAUCACCUGCGCGAAGAGGUGGCCAGGCGCAGGGCAGAGAUCACUGAGCUGCUGCUUCAGCAGGAGCAGCUCUGCGAGGAGCUGGGCGAGCUGCCCCAGCCGCUGCUGGCCGAUACCCUGCCCCUGCCUGAGGAGAUGGUUGCCUUCCGCGAUCGCCUCGAGCAACUGCGCCACCAGCGGGUGCAGCGCCGGAAGGAGAUGGACCAGCUGCGCCUGGAAAUCAAGGAGGACAUGAAGCGGCUUGAACUGCAUGUCCAAACAGACACCGGUAAGCGGUUCCUUAACCAGGAGAACCCCUGCCUGAGGCCCGAGUCCUUCGAGCGGCUGCGCCUCAUGCGCCAGGAGUAUGCCGACCAGGUGCAGGAGUUGCGCAACCAGAUCGACGAAAUGCGCGGCAAGGUGGAUCUGCUCUGGGAACGACUCAAACUGACCGAUGAAUUUGCCAAGCGUCGCGUACGGGAAUCCACGUCCUACACGCAGCGCACGUACGAUAUCCUACGGGAGGAGCUGCAACGCUGCCAGGCUAUGCGGCGCCAGAACCUCAAAGCCUUCAUCGAGCAGCUGCGCAUCGAGAUCAACGAGUGGUGGGACCUCACACUGAAGAGCACGGAGGAGCGCAGGCGCUUCAACAGCUACUUCAGUGAUCCCGAGAGCGAAGAUGUUCUGGAGCUGCUUGAAAUGGAAUUGGACGAACUGAAGAACUUCUACAACAGCAACAAGAAAAUCUUCGAGCUGUAUGCCAACCGUACGGAGCUCUGGUCUCGCAUGGAGGCGCUGGAGGCCAAGGCCAACGAUCCGAAUCGCUUUAACAAUCGCGGCGGCCAGCUGCUCAAGGAGGAGAAGGAGCGCAAGGCCAUGACCACCAGACUGCCCAAGAUCGAUCAGCAGAUCACAGAGCUGGUGAAGUCGUACAUGGCCCACGCCAACACACCGUUCCUCGUGAACGGAGAGGACAUACUGGAGAGCAUGUCGGCGGACUGGGAGCACCACCGGCAGUCGAAGAAGCAGCCCUCGGCGCACAAGAAUUAUCCCACCAUCACGGCCAGCAAAAUGAAGCCGCCCUCAGUGCCUCUUACGCCGAAUACACUGAAGAGCAACAAGGCCAUGAACGGAUCCUCUUCCUCGCUGAAGAAGUCGCCUUCAAAGAUGCACGCGACCAGUGAGGCGAAAAGCACGGGAAACCUGCAGAAGAGGCGACACCCCACUAACGGAAAGACCAGUCCAAAGCCAGUGGCUGCGGCCAAGCGGAAUCUAAUCUCGUCGCUGGAGUGCAACAAUUCGGGGCCAGUAUUGGGCGUCAAUGGCCAGAAGCUGCUGAAGUCGCCGCAGAAGAAGGUGCGCGUGCUGGAGUACUCGGUGCGGCGAGGCAAGCCAACCGGCAGGCCAAGCACCGGCAGCCGGAAUAAUCGCAGAAUCCCCCCGAUUCCACAAGUCCGUGUGCAGCCUCCAUCGAGCGAGGAGAACGAGAGCGAGGACAGUGAGGAGCCAGAAACGCAAACCUCCGUAGAAGCCUACCCCAAUCACAUUUAAUUGGAAUCAAAUCGCCAACCGAUCUGUGUUUAAUCUAUACCUGAACCGAUGUAUUUAGCUCACUUACUAUCACGAAUGCGGUUACAUGCUUUACACUUCGCCUUCGAACUUUGUAAAGGACCUUAUACUAAUUUAGCUAUUCGUGAAAACAUGAUGUAGUCGAAAACAUAGACAACUUAUUUUGAAAACUUUGUGUUUUUUACAAAAUUGCAUUGUUUUAGCUAUGACUGUACUGGGUAAAAGAGCAAUUUCUCAUCUUUUAAAUUUUAGUAAAAUAAAUAUGUAAAUAAAAAUGCAUUUUUUACAUUA